UCCAUCGAUCAAGAUGCAACUGCUGCCAAUUCUAGUGCUCCUGGCUCUGGUCAUCUGUGUUGCCUGCAAGAACCACGAGGAAUGGGGAGGACACCGACCAGGCGACUACGAGCCCAGGCCACAUUCGAGGCAAUUCUAAAUCAAUGGGAAGCUGAUAAAUCAACUAAGUUUCUUUGACUUUAAAUUACAUACAUAUAAAUUACAAAGCUGAUUAUGACCAAUCUAAAAGAAUUUAUUUGGAGGAGAUGAAUAAUAAACAAUACCACAUCGUAGAAA